AGAAGCCAUGACUAGAACAAGUAAACACUCCUAAAACAAAGAUUAGAACCAAGAAUGUUGGUUUCUGAAGGUAAUUAGCUUCAACAGGUAGGAAGCUGAAGAAAGAGGGCUGUAAAUUUUAAUGGAGACACUGACAAUUUAGAGGGCUGAUGAAUAAUACAGAGCUGGCACAAGGAAUUAAUGGUGGGUUUUCAUACCAAUGCUUUUACAGGUUGUGUUAGUAGUGUGUUACUACUGUGAUGUCCAACUACUCUAACCAAAUUACUGGUAUGUAUACAUGUUUAUUAUGAUAGGUAUAAAUUGCAUGAUUUUUUAUUUUUUUUGGGUUACAUGAUGUUGAAAGUUCAUGGUUUUUGUUUGGUUUAAGUUUUUGCUGCUUUCAUCUUCUGGAUCUUAGGGUAUUAUAGUCUUAAAUAAUCUAAUCUUUACUAAAGAGACAGUUAUACUAUGGAUUUGUUGAAAAUUGUGCCGGAAUAAUAUUGAAUUAUUGAUUUACAUUCAUUAUUGUAGGAUAUUGAGUAUAAUGAUAUAACUCCGUUUCUUUGGGCGGUUUUUGUUUGAAAUAUUUAAUCUGAAGAGAGAAACUUUAACCAAAAGUAUCCUUUAUAAUAAGAAUUCGUGUGGGAUAUUCUUAGAUUAGUUUUGACGUGUGAUUCAAAAUAUGAACUUUUACUGUUAAUUUUGCUUCAAUGUGUAAUACUUAUUUAAAUUUAUUGAUGCUUUGAUAUGUGCAUUAUAAUUGGUUAAAAAAAAAGUAGAGAAUCAGGUAGUGUGAUUAAUUGGUUACAGUUGACAUAUUUGACUCAUAUAAUAUAAGCUAUAAAAUUAAAUGCUUGUUGUUACUUGUUUUUUCUUAAAUAAAUAAAUGCUGUUUGUUAAUUUUAUUUUUCAUACUUUAAAUUUAGAAUAAAUGCUGCUUGAAAUGGUGAGGUGGUGUAAGAUAACUAGAUAAACAUACCAACAGAGUAUUUUUUUUUUUUUUUUUUUUAGGAACAAACCAACAGUGCAUGACUAUGGGCCGUUAUAGUUAACUUAGUGGAGUAUCACUUGAGGUUCAGGUUCAAUGCGCAAUAACUCAUUGAGGCUCAGGUCCAAAGCAUAAUUAUUUGUGGUUAACGUAAAAGUUGAAGCUGAGGUUGACUGAAUUUGGGGUUUGAAAGAGCUGUGAAUUUGCAGCUCUACCAUUUUUUACUAGACUUGAUGGAAGUCUUUUAUGAGGACUUUAGACAUUGAUGCUUUGCAAUUUACAGUUGUUUUGUUUCUCCUUGAGAUUAAAUAAAUAAAUAGUACGGAGUAUAAUUUUUCUAAACUUUGUGUAUACGCUAGGUAUUGUUUGGUUGACAACGUAAAAUGGGGGGAUUGGAAAUUAAUGAGAAUUGAUAAAGAGGGUAGUUGUUUGGUAAACACACACAAAAGGAAAAAUAAAAAGAAAAAGAAGCGAAAUUCAUGAGAAUUUUUACUUAACACAAAACAUGAGAAUUAAAUUCGAAUUUUAUUGAGGAAUUAUCUUCCAUGAAAUACAAUUUUUUUGAAGAAAUUAAUUCCCGUAUUGGUCAAAUAAUACUCUAUUAUUGCAAUUAUUACGAAAUAGAAGGAGUAGUUUGAAGAUUAGUACUACUAAAAAAUCAAAGAGGAAGUCAAUGGAGCAUAGGGUCUUUGGCCCAUUACUUAGUGGGGUCCAGAAAAGCUGUGAUGCAUUUAAAAAUCUAUGUGGUCAUUAGUUGUUCUUAUUUACCAAAAUUAAUUAUUUGAGGUUGAGUUUCAAGUUCAAGUUGAUAGUUGUGAUAAUAUCUUAAUCAAAUUUUAAAGCCGCAACUACUGAGUAGUAUUAUUUGUUCUCUCAUUGUUCCUUUAUUUCCCAAAUUAUAUUUCUGUAAUUUGAAAUUAAAUUGAAAAGAGGCGGUUGUUGGUGUUCCUGUUGAGGCUAAGGAAAUGGGAAUUGUAGAUUCUAAAGGUCACUUGUAUUUGAAGGAGGAUCCAGAGGUAUGGAUUAAAAAUAACCCUGCUUCUCGUCUAGCUUUGGUUACAAGCUUCAGGUUGAAUUUAGAGAAUGGUGUGGAAGAGAUAGCAGAAUCCAUUGGUGAGCUCACACACCUCAUCCACCUGGUAUUCAGGUGGUGUAGAUCCCUGAAACGUGUGCCUAACGCCAUCACUAGGCUUCACAAAUUGGAGCACUUGCUAUUUCAUAGUUGUUCUCGUUUAGAAGAAUUGCCGGCAAAUAUAGGGAAUUUGGUGAGCCUUACCCAUCUCCAGCUUUCUCAUUGCGAGGACAUCAAGUUCCUUCCUAACAGCAUUGUAAAUCUAUCCAAAUUGACUUCUUUAACUCUCUGUCACUGUGUUUCCCUUGUUGAAUUGCCGGCAAAUAUAGGCCAAUUGGCGAGUCUUACCCAUCUUAAACUAAGUUCUUGCAGGAACAUAAAGUCACUUCUUAUGAGUGUUGCAAAUCUACCCAACUUGACUUCUUUAUCUCUAUCCUCUCUUUCUCUCUCUGAAAUACCUUAUAAUUUGGGAGACUUGAAAAAAAGCCUUACCCGUCUGGACCUUUCUUAUUGCAACAACAUCGAGUUCCUUCCUAAUAACAUUGCAAAUCUAUCCAAUUUGACAUCCUUAUCUCUCAUAUGCUGUAAUUCUCUCAUUGAGUUGCCUUCAAAUCUAGGACAACUGAAGAGCCUUUCUUAUCUGGAGCUUUAUUAUUGCAACAAAAUAAAGUCCCUACCUGAUAGCAUCAAAGAUUUAUGCAGCUUGGAUACUUUAAUCAUCAACUGCUGUGAUUCCCUCACACACCUGCCUAUCAAUUUGAAUGUGUUGCACCUUAAGCUUUUAAAUUUUUGUCCCCGCUUCCUUCCUAACGGCCUAAUCAACCUAAAAUACUUGAGAGUCAAUAUCUGUAGCUGCUCUGAUGAAUCUUUUGUAAAUUGGAAGGAUCCAUACAGCCUACAACACCUCGCCAUCUCAAGCUGCUUUAGUCAUUGCAAUUAUAUAUUAAAAGUACCGGCCAGUUUAAAUCAAUUCGUCAACCUUCAGGUUCUCUCUCUUCAUUAUAAGAAAAGGUUUGUUGAAUUGCCGGCAAAUUUGGUUGGGUUGGCCCAUUUAUGUCUUCUUGACAUUCAACAUUCCAGUAUCAGUUGUCUUCCUUGGAGCAUCACGAAGCUACGCAGACUCCGACAUCUAAUGUUGCCCAAAGAUUUCAGACUCGAAACAUUGUCAUAUGAAUUGAAUAUUUCGGUCAUCAUUUCCGUUAACGAAAGGCAUGUUCGCAAAACCUGGGAGGAACUUAAAACAGAGAUAGGACAAUUGCCUAUUCCUUUUGGUGGAGAAAUAACAAAUGAUGCAGCUCAAAAUCCCUCUAUUAUGUCUCAUCCCGGUUACCUCUGGUUGAAGGAGAAUCCUUCUCAAUGGAUUAUUAACAACAGAAAUUUACUCAAGUUGGUUCGAUUUUUGGACUUGGAAUAUGUCGAGUUAACAGAUUCAAUAAUGCAAUUCAGUGAGCUCACCCACCUUUGCCUGGACAUCGCUGCUGAUAUUUGCCUACCGGAUAACUACUUUGUCACAUUCACAAGGCUUACACAUCUCUCUCUUCACUUUUUUUCCGUUGGAAAGCAUAAGUCCAUUACUCAUAGUUUGAGCAAGCUAUCCAAUUUACAAACACUACAUCUGCAUAUGCAUCAUAGUGUAUUAUUAGCAAAUUUCAAUAUGCCUGUCAGCCUCAAAUAUCUCUCUUUAUCAUAUUGCAAUAAUAUGAGGCCACUUUAUGAUAGCUUGGAAAAGUUAACCAACUUAAAGACUCUGGAUCUCUAUUCCUGUGUUUAAUUGCGAGUCAUUGCCACCAUCUAUUUAUCUUG